CAUGGACGGAUCUAGGUAUCCCCUCAUUCUCCAGAUUAUACACCUACAGUUCUACUAAUUAUCGUUGUCUCUUUGUAUUCACUUCUGCCGGAUAGAAUUGUGUUACCACUGGGCAUUUUGUCACGGCCAUUGUCCGGCGUGUAUGGAAGCCGCAAGUCUUUGACCGUGGACCGAAUCCCCCCUCCCUGCGGCCGUGUCACGUAUCCCAGCAAGCUUUAGCUCCGCCAACAAUCACUCGUCUUGUUAUGGCUCCCUCUUCUCCAGCACCUGCAUACCGUCGCAGUAACAGUGAUUCUUUUGACUCCUCCUCAGACUCCUCAAAUGCCACCGCGCUCGCUUCGCGUCGUUCUCCAUAUACACUGCAUGGGAGACAAGUCAAUAUACCACCUAUCAACACGUCCACCGACAGCUUACCACGGCCUCCACUCAUUCGCGCUGUGAACGAUUCCUCUCGUACUGUCUCUCCCGUGGUAGGCUCGCCUGUAACGUUCGGUUCACACUUCACACACCGACGACAACGUUCACAGGGAUACUUCGAACCCACACUUUCGUCUGGCACGCCGAGCACGUCCGCCAUGACAAACCUCACCGCAUCGCAGAUUGCGGCACAGGCUGCGAUGCACCCACAAACCGCACACCACAAUAGAAAGAGAUCGGAGACAAUACCUGGGCCUGCGGAUCGGAACGCGCCAAACAAAGGACACAUGUCGCCUCCCCCUCCUGUACCAGUCGUUGACUUCUCAAAUCGAUCAAACAAUCCAAGCUCGCAAUAUCAACAUGGACUUGCUGGUGGAAGUCGUAUGGCGGCAACAAGUGCAGCCAAUGCGGCGUACCCCAGGAGUCCAAUUCCAUCCCCGGGACUGUCAGCAACACAUGAACCUACCCCGCCGCCUAUACCCCAGGAGCGUGAAAUGAAGAAGGAGAAGUCGAAGAUGAAGCUGUUCUCUAAACCAAAGAACAUUGGUAUAUCGAGAGACAAGGAUGUUGACAGGAAACACCCGCCUCUACCCUCUCCCGGCAAAGCGAAUGCGGCUAUGAAUCGGAUGCUGAUGAACAACUCGACAACAAGUCUUACUGAUCCAUCCAUGUCUAGCGCAACAUCUAUCUACUCAUCUGCGAAUGCCUCGACAUCAACGCUAGUACCACUGGAUAAAGUGCAGUCAUAUGCACCAGAGAAGGAAAAGGAAAAGCAUAAACAUCAUUUUCUCUCGCGCCAAAAGAACAAGUUGAAAGAGAAGGAUGAAUAUCAUGAUCUGCCGUUAUCAUCUGUCAAGAGUAACUCCAAGCCCACAGAUCCUGCCAUGCCGCAACCUCUGUACUCAUUUGCUCCGAAUCCAGCGUCUCCAAGUCAUACCAGCUCAUUUGCAACCGGGCUUGACUUACGGCAUGGCGGUCGAGCAUUACGUCAGAAGAAAAAAGAAGAGAAAGCGGCAGCUCUGGCACCCUACGGUGUCGAUCCAGCGGAUCCAAUGCUUCGUGAACGUGGACAGUCUUUCCAGACAGAUCGUAUCGAAUGGGUAGGACCGUCAAGUCUUGGUAAUUCUACGUCAGCCGGACCAUCGCCGGGUCCAAGUACACUCACGUAUGCUGGAGAUCUGGCUGCUCUAGGCACAGUCUUUGGUAUAGCUGGUCUCACGCCAGACGAUGCUUGGCCUUUACUCAAAGCCCGAUUGUUACACAUAUUUGAAGGUGAAGAUCCGAGGCCACCGAUCGAGGACUUCAAUGGACUUGUAUCAGUCCAUAUUAGGCGGUGUAUACAGAAACGAAACCCAGUAGCGCUUAUCGAGGACCUUAGGGAGCUUUUGCAGACUGGGUUUCUGUCCCUGGAUCAGACCUUGAGACAUGUACCAGAUGAUCGGUUGGUAACAAACCUGGUCGAGAUGUGGGUCAUAGUCUUUACGACCAUCCUGCCCUUUCUCCAGGCUGUCUUUUUACCUCUAGAUCUCGAAUUCAAAGGUCGUGGACCUCUCAUGACGUCCCGAGAAGCGUCCGACUUCUGGGCUGCCGUCCCGUCAAAUGCCAAUUCAUCUUCGAUCGACCCUCACACACCAACUAUCGGCGAAAAGCUAGAUGUCCGUCGCAUAGUGCUUCUUACUUUCCGUGAUAGCGUGCUCCUUCCGCGCAAUGAUACUUUGAUGUCCAUAUUCUCCCGCCUAUCUCUCGAAAAUUUAUCCGCCGGUAUUGCAAGUCAUCCGCCAACGCCUAACCUUUCAGCCGAACCACCUCGUCCAGGAACAUCAGCAUCGACAGACCCCACCUUCUCAAGCUUCAAUUCGCAGUCCACUACACUACUCGACACAACCAGCAACGCGUCUUCUCUGGGACUUCGAUCACGUGCCACGUCCAAUACAUCAGCAGGUUCAUUCGCCAGUAUAGGCCGACAAAGUCCACGCCCACGAGCACGUGAACCAGCACCGGCGCAGAUGGACUCAAGUCAGGUCACAGAAACAGUGGGCAGGAUGCUUCAAUGUGUGAGCGUACUAGCCAGCGUCCAGAGUGGAGACGAAGCGCAGAGUAAGAUGGAGCGGUUGACGAAGGAGCUGAAGUAUAACUGGCUGGGAAGGGGCAGGACAGGUAGACAGAGGAGAGGGUUUGUAGGGCCGAGAGGAAAUAGGGGCGUCGUCGUGGGAGGAGCAGGGUGAGAUGGUCAGUAUUAGCACAAAUCACAUCUGGCGAACCAUCCGACCCAUCUAACAACUUUAACAACCGUGAUACAUGUCAGCGAUAUACUGACCACCCGCACUGCAACGGCUCCUUCGCAUAAACACACAUGCAUUUACCCCGCGAAGCUUGUUUCCAAAUCAACCCCAGUUUAUAAGAAAUCUUGGCAUGCGGCCACUAAACCAUCCCUGAAGACGAUC